UGCACAUCUUCAUCCAUAUGUCCGUGUACAUUAUGUGUUCAUGUCUUGAUGACUGAGUCGAUGCAAUACAUUCUAAAUGACAUAUUACCAGCCUCAUCUCAUGCAAAACGUUGAAGCUCCUAGUCAAACAAACUACCUGCCUGCGCGCCUGCCCCGCCACCCCUCACUCACUGCGAUCUUGUUGCGGUUUGUACCUCAUUGAAUAGCACCUUGUCGCAUUACCGGAUAUCUUAUCGCAUUGUACUGGCUUCUUGAUCUUCAUUUUUGUGUUUGGGGCUGCAUCGAUAGACCCGGCGCGUUGUCCUCGUGGACGCAGCACGCGCCUAUGAGCUCCCUGCUAUCUACGAGCUAGGCAGCACAUCGAUUGACAGACACACUGCGUUCACUCACUCCACUCAUACACUUACCACAUACUCAUCAUGGAAGAUGGCAUCAUGCAGCUACAGCCUGGGCGCAGUGUAGGCUUCAUGACCCUCGGUUGCUCCCUACACGAGGUACUGACGACGAUCAAAGCCGAAGUCAAGGCUUUCCCACGCUUCCAGCUCUACCACGACGAGUUACGACCUAUCUCCUCACCCGUCCAAGUCGUCCUCCCUGACAACGGUCUGCGACUACAGUUCGAUGGACCCGACCAGCGCCUGCGCCUCAUCGAAGUGCUCGAUUUCGCAAAGGCCAAGUUGGUAUACAAGGACAUCGAUGUGUACAAGCCUGGCGAAGGAGGCUUCUCGGGCGGCGUAUCAGGCCCAAGGUUUCGCCAUGUCUACGACAAGCUGCUGGGACCGACCUAUGGUGGAGAGUACAUACCCCCGAAAUCCGAAGACCCAAAUGCAAGCGGCACAUACAACCUAUCGUAUCCGGGUAUAGCGUUCAACUUCCCGGUUCAACACUCCGCCUACUCUCCAAAGAAGGACUUCAUCUCGCUUUUGUCCUCGUCAGCUACUGGGUCUGCAACAUCCAUGGCGGUCUUCAACGGCGAGUCGUGGCAGAAAGCCCGUGGAACAUUGUUCACAGCAACACCGCCGAAUCCGAGGUCCUUGGCCCUAGGCAAAGCAAAAGAUGGCGGCCCAGACGAGAUCGAAACGGUCAAGGUACAUGGAGAGGGUAGGAUAGAGCUUGUCCGGCGCUCUAGUCCGCCCUUCUGGAUCAUUCUCAGCGAGACAACGCCUCAGGAUUUGAUCAUGGAGCUUGGCGCCCCAGACUCCAUUUAUCGCAAGAAUGAUCAUCGUCUAUCGAUACACAAAGAUCGGAGGACAAGCGACGCGUCGGAUCUUUCGCCUGGUGGGCUCACUCCAGACGAUGACUCAGACCACGGCUCAGUGGUUAGAAGCGAUGACGAAGAUGCUUGGGAAGAUGAUGACGAGGCCGCACUAGAGGCUCAAGAGCGAGAAGUCGCAGCGGCUGAGCACUUCUACAACUACUAUCACCAUGGCUUUGACAUUCUCAUCUCCCAACCUACACAGAUCUCCCCGCCUUCUCCUACCGCGGAAAGACGAGAGUCAGAACUACAUGUGCAUGGAGAGCUCAGCGCGCAACCACUAAACCACCUUACUGCAAUCAAGAUCAUAUUCCACGGUAACGUGCCUGGUUCAUACCAGUUCAAUCGGCACAGACGAAGCAGAUGGACGCUCGAGCACGUCCCAUCAGCCAUGUACCGCGAUCCCCUUAGCUCGGAAAUGGGCUUUGGAGACAUUUCAGGUCGGCUGAAGGAGGUCUUCAAGCCAUAUUACGACAAUGAAGAGCAGGAGAGAUUACAGCAACGCGGCAUGGCCCUGAAUAGAGGCUGGGGUGACAGUCCUGGUAGUAGCUGCGAGCUUCUUGGAGGAUGGGAAGAUAGUUCUGGGAAGAAGAGCAAGUUUGCGAAUGCGGGAAGUGUCUUGAUGGAGGGCGCUGCGGAUGUUGGAAACGUGGAGCUGUUUGGAUUUCCGGGUAUGGUGUUUGAGGUGCUGAAGAACGGAGCUGUGAGCUCGUUGACCGUGUACUGAUUCAACAUGUCGACCUUCAAUCUCGAGUCAUGAUUCCCGUCGCCAUCAGUCUUCAUACAUGAUAUAAAUUCAAACUAUUUAUCAUUAGA